AUGGCCACCUUCCUGAUGCGGGACAGGAGAAGACGAGUUAAAUGUGACGAAGCACGACCCAGUUGCAAUCGCUGCAUCAGGGCUGGCAAGUCAUGUGAAGGAUACGCCCACGAUCCGGAGUCCGGUCGAGGGAGCGAGCCCGUUAGAUUCGUCGUCUACACUCCCCACAACCCAACUCCUCUGUUGUCGGAACAUCCAGACCUCGAUUGGUCCGAGCGGCGGGCGUUGAGCUACUUCCAGGAUCGCACCGCCCUGGAACUGGCCGGUGCUUUCCAGCCGGAUUUCUGGCUAGCGACCAUUCUCCCACUUGCGAGGCAGGAGAGCUCGGUCAGACAUGCGCUCAUCGCGUUGAGUAGCAUGCAUGAGCAGUUUGCCAGCGUCGAUCAUUUCUCGCCUACACGAAGCGUCGAUUUCGCUCUGCACCAUUACGGCAAGGCCAUAAGAGAGGUUGUCAGGCUCAACCAGUCACAGCUCGAUCAGACAUUCGAUUCUUCUCUGGUUACGUGUGCACUCUUCUCGGCCUUUGAGAGUCUUCAGGGCCAGUAUCAUGAAGCGUGCUGUCAUGCUGUGUCGGGAAUCAGAAUCCUUGCUGAGGAGCAACGAAAACCGAACACCAAUACAAUAAUGCAGACUCGUGUUCCUCGUGAAGACCUCACACGCUUCUUCGUUGCCAUGGAGAGACAAAUUCUCGAGAUUGGGGAUCCAAACUUCCCUGUCCCCAGGCCGAAGUUUUACCAUACGAAGGCUGUAACAGCCAUCCCGGACCAAUUUACCUCCCACGAGCACGCCUUGCUGCAUUUGGAAUUCCUGCUGGCAGAACUUGUUGAAUACGUGGAACGAGCUGAUACUCUGACGAAUGAGGGUCUCAUAUCGGAGGACGUUGGUCUUUCCCUUCUGACUGAGUUCCACGCUAUCAAGAUGCAAUUCGAGAAGUGGCAGGCCGCAUUUGACGCAUUUUCUUCCAUCGACUUGAACGAAUACUCAAAGGAGACGCCUGACUCCUCCUCUUCAACGUCUUCAUCCCCGCCAGCCGACCGUUCCAGACCGCGAAGUCCCGCUUUCCUGAUUCUUAGGGCGUAUCAGGCUCUCAUGACAGCCUUUCUCGCACGGGUGGAGAUCAACGAUGAAGCAGUGUACAAUGAUUACAGACCGCAAUUUUGGAUGGCUCUUGAUGCUGUCGAAGAGUUUAUUCAAUGUACUUCCACGUUUGUCAGGCCUGUGGAUAGUAGGACGCCGUCUCGGUCACCAUUUGACCCGACAACCACAACCACAACCUCAACCUCAAACUUAGCCGCACAGUCUUCACCGCAACAGCCCCUCGUUGCGCGACCCACAUUCUCGCUCGCCCUCGGAAUCGUGCCCACCCUCUUCCUCAUCGCCUCUCGGACCCUCGACCUCGAAUUGCGCGAUAAAGCCAUCUCCCUCCUCCGAAUGUGCAAUCGGCGCGAGGGCCUCUGGGACUCCCGCCUCGCCGCGAUUGUUGUCGACCGUGUCAUCGAGUUGAGGGAGAAGGCGAUUGAGAUGAGCCGUGCGCAACAACCUCUUGCCGAUGCAGAUCUAAACCCGGCUGCACAAGCAACAACAAGCUCAGAGACCGAAAGGAAAGAUGUUUCCCAAGGGGCUGGGGUAAGCAGCCACAAGGUGGUGGAGUUCAAGCUGUUGGACAUCAAGUUCCUCCCGGGCCGCCGAUGCGGGUUUCGAUACGCAUUCGCUACAAGGUAUGGCAAUGUCGAAGGAACCCCGAUCCCGAUGAUGACUAGUGAGCCCACGGCAACUCACGUUCCUGGCGCGAGUCUGUAUUCUAUAAAGGAGUUUUGGGAGGAAUUGCGGUGGAAAGGCUAG